AUGAACAACUCUACGGUGAACUUCACCUCACCUGAAACAUUUACAUACUCCACAACUCAGCCCAGUGGAAACAUGGACAAAAUGAACAUUCCUCUGUAUAGCAUUUUUUUGCUGUUUGGUCUUCCUAUAAACUCCUAUGUUUUAAGGCUUAUCAUCACAGGAAAGGGAAGUAAAGUUGCGCAAGAGUUUUUCAACCUCAAUCUGGCUAUUUGUGAGAUUUCUUACUGUGUGAAUUACUUGCUCUCUAUACUUGCUAGUUUCAUUUGGUUUUCACACCUCAAAACAUUAACUUCGUUUUUAGUAGGACUAGCCAUCACUGGUCGUCCUCUGUUUCAGUGUCUGAUGUGUGUUGAGCGUUACCUGGCAGUGGUCCAUCCUGUAACCUUUCUGAAGUACAAACCUCUCAGAUACAGAGUGAUCUGCUGCACCGCAGCUUGGAUAAUCACUCUCGUGUCUUGCACAUGUUGCAUAUUUACUAUAAUCCCAUACUACAUUGUAUAUCUGUGGUUCUUCUCACUGCAAUUCCUUCUGUUCCUCUCCAUCCAGUUGUUUUGUCUUGUGGCUGUUCUCAGAGCUCUGAAGCAGUCAGGACCAGGAGAGAGAGGGAGAGAGAGAGGGGAGGAAAACCACAUGAAGAGAAGAGCUUUUCAUCUCAUUCUGAUAACUACUGCGAGCAUGAUAAUUAUUUAUGCACCAUUUUCUAUUUCAGCAUUUGUUGUCAUUGUAAGCCAACAUUAUAUUAAGGAACUUUUUUAUUUUAGUUUUAUUUGUUUUUCUCUGGCUAGUUUUGUUCAGCCUGUUCUUUAUCUGCAGCGUGUUGGAAAGCUCUCCUGUCUUUGCUCUCUAUAA